UGUUUAAAAGAGUGUCAGUGUUGUAAAGCAGUUAAAUUUGUUUGCCAGCUGAUUUCAUUAGAGCUCAACAAAUUGUUGCAUUAAUUUCAUAAGCAUGUCUAAAGCAAUUAAAUACUAUUACGAUUUAUUGUCCCCACCAUCGCGUGCUCUUUGGAUUGCGCUAAAAUUGGCGAAAACGCCAUUCGAAGAUUGUCCCGUGGCAUUGCGCAAAAAGGAACAACUGACUGAUGAGUACAAGCGCAUCAACCGUUUCCAGAAAGUUCCUGCCUUGGUCGAUGGAAACUUUCACCUCUCCGAGAGCGUGGCCAUGGUGCGCUAUCUGGCCGAUUCAAAGAAGCUUACAGAGCAGCUGUAUCCCACUUCCUUAGAAGAACGCGGUCGUAUUGAUGAAUAUUUGGAAUGGCAGCACUUGAACUUGCGUUUACCCUGUAGCCUAUACUUUCGGGAGGCCUGGCUCUUCCCCGCAAACGGAAUUAAGCCCAAGCCAAAACAGGAGCAAAUCGACAAAUUAGUUAAAAAUGUGGAGGCCGGUUUUGGUCAGUUGGAACGCCUAUGGUUGGAAAAAGACUACUUACUUGGCCCAAACUUAACGGUUGCUGAUUUGUUCAGCUCCUCAGACAUUGAACAACUGAAGCUCUGCCAGUACACUGUGAGUGAGAAGAAGUUCCCAAAGGUGGCAAAAUGGUUAGAUCGUGUUCGUGAAGCAAGUCAACCACAUCAUGAGCUGGCUCAUGCAUUUCUUAACAAGAAGCCUCAGCAAGCUGCUCAAAGCAAGGCUUAGAAUCUAAGAUUCAGAGUCCGAGUAGAUGCCAUGCCCAGUCCUUAUGUUAGACAAAAUGGUUUAUCCGUAGAAAUUUUGGAACCUGCAUUUAUGUUUGAUUUUGUAAUCAGUUCAGCUUAUUUUUGUUAUUUUAAAUUACAUUCUAUUUAGUUUUGUGUU